AAAAAGGUGAAAAGAGCAAGAAAGGGGAGAAGAUGGGUGGGAAUGUGAGCAGCUGACAGCUGGUUUUUGUUCCGUCUUUCUUCGCUCCUUUUUCAUUCCCUCUUAAACAGCAUCAUCACUGUGUACACAAAGUAUUCGUCAGGUUUGGAUUGCUCAUAAUCUCAAAUCUCAAACUUGACUCUCUUCCUGUGACGUGUGGCCCACCGCAUCCGGCUCUGACUUCACACGAUUCUGACAAACUUGCAGUUAAACCGCUUUCCUGUCAAAUAAUCAGUUCAUACUUGCAUGCACGCGGAUGAUCAUUGGAUCUGUGUGAUAAAUAAUUACAGACCAUGGUAGGCUACUGUCCAAUCUGUGGAAAGCCUGUCUACUUUGGGGAGAAGAAGAGGUCCCUGGGGAGGGACUACCAUCCUCUGUGUCUGAAGUGCCAGAAAUGCAACAGACAGCUGACUGCAGGCCAGCAUGCUGAGUAUGAUGAGAAGCCGUUCUGCACACACUGCUACAUGAAGCUGUUUGGUCCAAGGGCUCAUAGGUAAAGGAUGUCUCCACAGCACACCACCUCGACUUCAACACCAGAACCAGACUGAAGCAACCAACAAAUACUGACAUCUGAAAGAAGGCAGCUGGAGAGCCAUUGUGGCUUUUAUGACAAACAAUACCUGACAUAUAAAUCUAGUUUUUUACUGAUUUUAUUUUUCUAACUUUUUUUAAUUGAAUAUUUAUGAAUUUGUAGUGAUUAUUUAGUUCUACCACUUAUUUUACUAUUGUAAAUUUCAGUGUUUUUUUUUUUUUUUUUUGCCUUUUGCCAAAACCUUGUAGCAGUAAAUAUUUGCUGUAUCUCUGGUAAUAUUUUUGGUUAAUUCUGUGCAAAGUGUUUUUACAACUUUAAACAUCAAUGCCUUUUAUUUGGAUUUCAGGCAACGAACCAAAAAAAUAUAACACAUAGUUGUAAAGCUGAAUAAAAUUAGACUUUUUUAAAAUAAAAAUGAGAAAAGUGUUGGCAUGUAUUUGUACUUAGCCUGCUUUAGUUUGAUAACCCCCAAUAAAAUGCAGUGCAAUCCA